AUGUGUUAUGUGGGCAAAGCAACAAAGAUCUUUAUUUUUGUAGUGACAGUUCUCAUCGUUCUUGGUCUUACAUUGGGAUUCGGGCUCUUUCGCCACAAAUCUCAUAAAUGCUCUGGUGAUUCUUGCCACUCUUCGCCACCCAUUACUUUUCCUAACCCAAAUACUCCUGUUAAUCCAUCGCCACCGGAUUCUAACCCUUUUUAUACCGAUACUCAGCCUACCCCUCCUGGCUCCAAUCCAACUUCUCCUCCUCCUCCUCCUCCACCUGAUCCUACUCUUGCUCCUCCUCCGCCAGCACCAUUGGUAUUGUCUCCGCCUCCGCCGCCAAUUGGGCCUUCUAUAACAGGGUCGCCACCGCCGUCGUACAGUCCACCGAGUAAUACGGUGUUGGUGACUCCGGGUCCUGUGCAUGCUUAG